GUGAUCUUGGGUUAUGAGAACCACACAGGCGUUUAAAAGAAGGAAUUGAGAAUAAGAGCCAUGAAAUGGAGCAACAGAAGUGCUUUAAGACCAUAAAGCUGAAAAUGCCUUCCCAGUCUGGAUAUCCUGCAGUAACAAAAUUACUGGAUCACGCAAACAUGGAUAUUUACAGAGCUUGUUCCUGAUAUCCCGACCAUGAGGUUUUCUAAAUUUCGGUGGAUCUGCACUUUAAUUGGACUGAUCUUCUCUGUAGUGGAUAUUGCAUCUGAUUUAUUGCUGAGUGUGCAGUAUUGUAAGGAAAAACGCUACGUCUGGUUUGCCCUGACUCUCUUGUUUAUGCUCGCCGGAUCUAUGUGCGCACAAAUUUUCAGCUACUGUUGGUAUCGGGAUGAUCAUAGUGGUGAUGAUCACCCCCCAAGAACACACACGACUCAUAUAGGCUUGCUUCAUCUGUUACAAAUGGGCUUCUUCACCAGGUACUAUAAUCUGCUGAAGAGGAGCUUUAGCUAUGUAUGGAGGGCACCCUCUGAGUCAAGCAAUGAGAUGUUGCUGUUUGGGUUGGCGGCUGAUCUGAGCAUGCUGAGGCUGAUGGAGACGUUUCUGGAAAGCGUUCCUCAGCUUCUACUGCAGACAUACAUUGUGCUGCAGCAUCAUCGCACCUCCAAAGUACAGUAUCUUAGCAUGGCAGUGUCCUUUCUAAAUGUAGCCUGGAGCACAGUGGAUUACUGGCGCUGUUUACGCAGAUCACUCCCCAACAUCCAAGAAAUGCCAGGUGGAAUUCCUACAGUCGUCUACCUGCUUUAUAAAAUCUUAACAAUCACCGCCCGCAUUCUGAGCCUCGCUCUGCUCCUAAUGCUGACCCCCUGGACUAUCUUGGUGUUAGUUUUCAGCUGGAUAGCAGCGAUGGUGUGGGCUCACAUGUUAAAAACUGAUUUCUGCACACUUCGGUGUGUUGAAGGACUGUAUCGCUGCAUCGUCGGGGUCAUUCUAGUCUUUACCUUUUUCAACAUAAAAGGAAAGAAAACCAAAAGAGAGAUGAUUAUUUAUUAUAUGAUAGUCACGCUGCAUAACUUCUCAGCUCCUGGUUUCAUGUUCCUGUUCAUAGAGAGUAUUGCGGAGUCAGACUUCUUUUUACCCGUUACACUUUUCAUAUUAAUAUCUGAUACACUGGGACUCGGGUUCCUCAUCCUGUACUACACUGCUUUCCACCCGCGGAAUCAAGACGAGUCAGAUGUAGUGGAUGGAAUAGUCACAGUCAACGCAAAUAUUUCCUCCCCUACAAGUCGCUUCGACAGAUUUUUACAACUCUAACACCUUGCAACAUCAUGAUCGAGGACAUUGUUUAAGUUUGUAAUUAAGUUAAUGUUUGUCUUGUAUGCACAAAUUUGGGGUAAUGUUCCGACUCGCCCAUGAGCAUAUACAGUGCCAGUCAAACAUUUGGACACAAGUUUGGAUUUAUUUUCUACAUUCUAGCAAAAUACUGGAUAACACAUACACUAUGGCAUUAGGUAAUUAAGUGAAGACAACAAUAACAAGAACAGUAUUGUCAAAUGCAUUAGCAACAAUUCAAGCACCAUGAUGAAACUGGCUCUCAUGAAGAACAUCCCAGGAAAGCAAGACCAAAACCUCUGCAGCAGAGAAGAAGUUCAUUUAGAGUUACCAGCAUCAAAAAUCACCAAUUAAAAAUUAUUUUAUAAUGCAGAAAGAAAUAAAAAAAUCAGAAACGACCAUGGAAAUGGAAGGGGUGUCCUAACAUUUGACUGAGGGUUGCAUAAAUUUUUGGAAAUGCAUUGCAAACAAAUGUGCUUGGAAUGAAUGUAUUUGAGUCUAUUGGGUAGAGGCAAUCUAGUAAAACCAAGGGCGAAAGAUAAUAAUCUAGGUAGUGAGCAAAAGCAAACUGUACAAGGAAGCUUGGUGAGUAAAAGAAAAGGAAGUACACAAAAGCUAAAUUGAAAGCAAAAGGGCUAACACUAUUUGUUUAAGCUGAUGCAUAAUAGAGUGUUUGUGUAAGUAUUUCUAAAGACCAGCACCUGUAUGGAGGAAUCUAGCUGUUUAUCAUCAUCAUCAUCAUCAUCUGGUGCAUAUAUAUAUUUGAUGCAUAUGUUUGGUUAUUAUGCAGACAAAUAUUAUCCCUAUAGUUCCUAAAUGUUCCGACUGUAAACCUAAUCCCUAACUGUUCAUGAGUGCUUGUGGAAACUCAGGUCCAACACUUAACUCUUUUAGGAUUACUGAAAACAACAUUAAAACACUUUAUUUAAAGCUGCUAAAAUAUUUCAGACUCAAACA